AUGCUUAAAACUGUGUUUGCAGCUUAUUUCUGUAGGGCACAUUUAUAUGAAGCUGUAUGCGGUCAACAAGUGGGAUUUGACAGUCGUGAUUCACUGCGGACCAAGGCUAUGGUGCUCAAAGCAGUGGUCCCAGCCACACUGAGACCUGGUAAAGCGGGAACAAGCAGGGGGGCUGCUCGUUUCCAGCAGGCCGGAAGACCAGGAGCAGUGAUGUGGAAAUCAGGAGACCAAGCAAAGGGGAGUGUACUUCAGAUUGUCAUGCCUCGGGGUACUGCAGCAUAUGAGGACCUGUUUGGGGACUGUACUCAGAAGGAGUAGAAAGGUCUGUCCCUCAGUCAAAAAUCUCUAUACUAGAGCAUGAUAUUGGUAAAUUACUGUAGCAUGGUCUCCUUGGCAGAUGCAAACAUCAUGGAGCAUUCAGAGUUGACUCUGAAGCAGGAAAUUUCUAAAGGAUUAGAGUCAUCUGAUAGGACAUCAGGGGGACUCUUUGGGGUGGUUCCUGGGGAACCAAAGACUGGAGAUGUCAGUCAAGAUACUUUCAAGAAGCUAGAGGUGUCAUCCUCAGAUGAAGAAGGGAGCAGACUGGAAUGUGAUUUCUUGGAAAUAACAGGAGAGGAUAAGGAAAAAUCCACAAAAGACAUAUAUGAGGAAAAUGAGGAAGUCAGGGAACAUCCAAAUCUGUUCUCUGGUUCUGCUGAACAUGAAAGAGUUCUAAAGGGACAAAAAUCCUAUCAAUGUGAUGAAUGUGGCAAAACUUUCAGUUGGAGUUCACACCUCAUUGGCCAUCAGAGAAUCCACACCGGAGAGAAACCCUAUGAGUGUAAUGAGUGUGGUAAGACCUUCAGGCAGACCUCUCAGCUCAUUGUUCACCUCAGAACCCACACAGGAGAAAAACCUUAUGAAUGCAAGGAGUGUGGAAAGACCUACCGGCAUAGCUCCCAUCUCAUCCAACACCAGAGACUCCAUAAUGGGGAGAAACCUUAUAAAUGUAAUGAAUGUGGAAAAGCUUUUAAUCAGAGUUCCAAACUCUUUGACCACCAGAGAACACACACUGGAGAGAAACCUUUUGAAUGCAAGGAGUGUGGAGCAGCAUUUAGUCGGAAUAAAAAUCUUAUCCGACAUCAGGUCCUUCACACUGGUAAAAAACCUUAUAAGUGUAAUGAGUGUGGAAGAGCUUUCUGUUCCAAUAGAAAUCUUAUUUACCAUCAGAGAAGCCAUACUGGGGAGAAGCCUUAUGAGUGUCAUGAAUGUGGCAAGGCCUUCAGUCGGAAUAAAUGUCUUAUUCGACAUCAGAGUCUCCACAGUGGGGAAAAGCCAUACAAAUGUAGCAAAUGUGGGAAAACUUUCAGUCAGAUCUCCCAACUUGUUGACCAUGAGCGAAAACAUACUGGAGAAAAACCAUUUAAAUGUAAUGAGUGUGGUAAGGCAUUUGGUUUGAGUAAAUGUCUUAUUAGGCACCAGAGACUUCACACAAGUGAAAAACCAUAUAAAUGCAGUGAGUGUGGAAAAUCCUUCAAUCAAAACUCAUACCUCCUUAUUCACCAGAGAAUUCACACUGGUGAGAAACCAUAUGAAUGUAAUGAGUGUGGGAAGGUCUUUAGUUAUAAUUCCAGCCUUAUGGUACAUCAAAGAACCCAUACAGGGGAAAAGCCUUAUAAAUGCAAUGAUUGUGGGAAAGCCUUUAGUGACAGCUCACAGCUUAUUGUGCACCAGAGAGUUCACACUGGAGAGAAACCUUAUGAAUGUCUUGAGUGUGGGAAAGCCUUUAGUCAGCGUUCUACUUUUAAUCACCACCAACGAACUCACACCAGAGACAAGCCCUCAGGUCUGGCUAGGUCAGUUUCUUAAGGAAUGGUUCUCUAAGACAGAGAGCAAGGACCUUUGAGUUAAGCUUUCUUUAUAAGAAGGAUGUCCACCCUGAUUUCUUGGAGCCACUAAUCACAGUGGAACAUUCCCUACC